GCAGCGUUUGACGUCAUCGUGCGUGUGGUGCCCCUGCUGCCGGGGCCGGUGAUUGGAGGAAACCCCGUGUCUGCGGAGCGGCUGUAGCCUGUGAGCUGCGAGAUCCAGGGACAGAGUCUCAGCCUUGCCGCUGCCGCCGCCCAGAGACUGCUGAGCCCCCGUCCGUCUGCCGCCACCCACUCCGGACACAGAACAUCCAGUCAUGGAUAAAAAUGAGCUGGUGCAAAAGGCCAAACUGGCUGAGCAGGCUGAACGAUACGAUGACAUGGCAGCCUGUAUGAAGUCUGUAACUGAGCAAGGAGCUGAAUUAUCCAAUGAGGAGAGGAAUCUUCUCUCAGUUGCUUAUAAAAAUGUUGUAGGAGCCCGUAGGUCAUCUUGGAGGGUCGUCUCAAGUAUUGAGCAAAAGACGGAAGGUGCUGAGAAAAAACAGCAGAUGGCUCGAGAAUACAGAGAGAAAAUUGAGACCGAGCUAAGAGAUAUCUGCAAUGAUGUACUGUCUCUUUUGGAAAAGUUCUUGAUCCCAAAUGCGUCACAAGCAGAGAGCAAAGUCUUCUACUUGAAAAUGAAAGGAGAUUACUAUCGUUACUUGGCCGAGGUUGCAGCUGGUGAUGACAAGAAAGGGAUUGUGGAUCAGUCACAACAGGCAUACCAAGAAGCUUUUGAAAUCAGCAAAAAGGAAAUGCAGCCAACACAUCCUAUCAGAUUGGGUCUGGCCCUCAACUUCUCUGUGUUCUAUUACGAGAUUCUGAACUCCCCAGAGAAAGCCUGCUCUCUUGCAAAGACAGCUUUUGAUGAAGCCAUUGCUGAACUUGAUACAUUAAGUGAAGAGUCGUACAAAGACAGCACGCUAAUAAUGCAGUUACUGAGAGACAACUUGACAUUGUGGACAUCAGAUACCCAAGGAGACGAAGCUGAAGCAGGAGAAGGAGGGGAAAAUUAACCGGCCUUCCAUCUUCUGUCUGCCUCAUUCUGAAAUGUACACAGUAGACCAUUUGUCAUCCAUGCUGUCCCACAAAUAGUUUUUUGUUUACGAUUUAUGACAGGUUUAUGUUACUUCUAUUUGAAUUUCUAUAUUUCCCAUGUGGUUUUAUGUUUAAUAUUAGGGGAGUAGAGCCAGUUAACAUUUAGCGAGUUACCUGUUUUCAUCUUGAGAUGGCCAAUAUGGGGCUGUGGAAUUUUUAUACAAGUUAUAAAUGUUUGGCAUAGUACUUUUGGUACAUUGUGGCUUCACAAGGGCCAGUGUUGAAACUGCUUCCAUGUCUAAACAAAGAAAACUGCCUACAUAUUGGUUUGUCCUGGUGGGGGUUAAAAGGGAUAAUUGGUUCUAGUCACAUGUGUAGUUACUGUGGGUACUUUAAGGUUUGGAGCACUUAAAAGGCUGUGGUAGAAAUAGAUACCCAUGGGUAUUACAUGCUGAACCAUGUGUAUCUAUGGAAUACACAAUCUCAAUGUGUACACCUUUGACUACAGCUACGGAAGUGUUUCUUCAGACAAAGUUGUGACCCAAUUUACUCCAGAGAAGGGCAGAAACGGUUCACAUUCCAUUAUUUGUAAAGUUACCUGCUGUUUGCUUUCAUUAUUUUGCUACACUCAUUUUAUUUGUAUUUAAAUGUUUUAGGCAACCUAAGAACAAAUGUACAAGUAAAGAUGCAGUAAAAAUGAAUCGCUUGAUAUCCAUUACUUCAUGUAUAUCAAGUGCAGCAGUAAAACAAAAAACCCAUGUAUUUAACUUUUUUUUAGGUUUUUUGCUUUUGUGAUUUUUUUUUUUUUUUUUUUUUUGAUACUUGCCUAACAUGCAUGUGCUGUAAAAAAUAGUUAACAGGGAAAUAACUUGAGAUGAUGGCUAGCUUUGUUUAAUGUCUUAUGAAAUUUUCAUGAACAAUCCAAGCAUAAUUGUUAAGAACAUGUAUUAAGUUGAUGUAAGUGGAAUAAAAGUUUUAUGAAUGGACUUUUCAACUACUUUCUCUACAGCUUUUCAUGUAAAUUAGUUUUUUGGUUCUGAAACUUCUCUAAAGGAAAUUGUACAUUUUGGGAAAUUUAUUCUUUAUUCCUCUUGGCAGCUAAUGGGCUUUUACCAAGUUUAAAUACAAAGUUUAUCAUAAUGACAAAAAUACUACUAAUAGAACUACUACUGUUUCCAGCCAUGUCCCAUUCUCCACUCUCUUUCCCUCUUUAAAAUAAUUUGAGGGAAAAUUACACAGAAAGAGUAAUAAUGUUCCAUUGACAUUUCUGGUAUAUGGCAUUUUCUAACUUAGGAAGCCACAGUGUUCUUGGCUCAUUGUGACACUGGGUAGCAUUAACUGUAAGUUUUGUGCUUCCAAAUCACUUUUGGUUUUUAAAGAUUUCUUGAUACUCUUAUAGCCUGCCUUCAAUUUUGAUCCCUUUAUUCUUUCUAUUUGUCAGGUACACAGGAUUACCUUCCCUUUUUAGCCUAAUUCUGUCUUGUCACCAGUCAUUUCUACUUGGUGGCCAUGUACUUGGAAAAAGGCCGCAUGAUCUUUCUGGCUCCACUCAAUGUCUAAGAGACCCUGCUUCCUUUGCUUGCAUCCUGCAAACUAUUUCCCUCAUCCUCUUCCCUGCAGGCAGAUCUCUUUAGUUGAUGAGAUUGCGUUUAUCUCCCUACAAGCCCUACCUAUCCUGAAUGGUCUGUCAUUAGUCUGCCUUUAACUCUUUUCUCUUCUUCUAUUCUCUAAAUAAUGAUGGGGCUAAGUUAUACCCAAAGCGCACCCUACAGAAUACUUCCCUCAGUACCUUUCAGAAAACACCAAACAGAAAUGCCAUUUUAAAAGGUGUAUUUUUUUCUUUUAGAAUGUAAGCUCCUCAAGAGCAGGGACAAUGUUUUCUGUAUGUUCUAUUGUGCCUAGUACACUGUAAAUGCUCAAUAAAUAUUGAUGAUGGGAGGCAGUGAGUCUUGAUGAUAAGGGUGAGACACUGAAAUCCCAAAUACUGUUUUGUUGCUUGUUCCAUUAUGACCUCAGAUUAAGUUGGGAAAUACAUACUUUUUUGGACGAUUGUCCCAUAUAACACCUUCAAAUAAAAGUAGACUGGAG